AUGAGUAUCAAAAGAUGCAGACAUAAGUUUCAAAAAAAUAGAUAAUAUUGUAAGAGAAUAUUCUAAACUUGUCAAAGGAGAUGUCUCAUCUUGUAUCAAGGAUAAAAUAAUUAUAAAUGUAGUAAGAAUAUAUUAGAAUGGCCAGUCAAAAUUAAUUUCAAUAAUAAUCAUCCAAAUGAUAAAUAUAUUUAAUUUCUAAAGAAACUUUUUAUAUUUAGAAAAAGAAAUAUUAAAUUGAAUUACUAGCCAGAUUUAUAAAUGUUUUGGAUAGGAAUAAUAAAAAUAAUGAAAAGCAAUUUUUAUUAGAAUAGAAGGCAAGUUCUUUAAUUCAAGAAUUGCCAAAUUUAAUUAAAGAUAUUGAAGAAAAUAAUCGAUUGGAGAAUGAUAUUUUUGAAAAUAAUAAUAUGA